UCUUAGGACGAAGGUUCUGUUGGGUCUGUGUAUUAGCAAACAACCCGCGUUAGCAGGUACUGUGGGAGCGGCAGCUUUGAAACAAAAUAAAAUAGCUUUUAUAUGUUCCUUGUUUUUAUCCCACAAGUGUCACGAUCACUUCGCAGUGUUUGUGUGGAGGAGCCAGCCUCGCUGUGUGAGUGCUUACACAGAAAACAGGAGUUGAUUGGUUAGCCUGGCGGCUAAAGUUUCAGUAGCGCAGCUGUUUCUAUAGUUAGCAUCGAUGAGGAAACUCAACCCUGUUCUAUACUGUAAACAAGACUGAGCAGCCAGCCUGGGCUUAGCUAGUUGGCUGCUUGUCUACGGAAGUAUACAACAGAAUGUCAGAUGAUGCUAUCCUGCUGAAUGUACCCGUCAUUCGGCAGCUGUACCACUGGGACUGUGGGUUAGCCUGCUCCAAGAUGGUCCUGAAGUACUUACACCCAGUCCUCGAUGAGGAGUUUCAGAGAGCAUGCUGGGAGCUGAAGCUGACAGAGAGUGUGUGGACGAUUGACCUGGCGUACCUCAUGUGCCAUUUAGGAAUCAAACACUGCUUUUGCACACAGACUCUGGGUGUUGAUAAGGGUUUUAGGAAUCAGACCUUCUAUAAGAAGCAUUUUGACACAGAAGAAGACAGAGUGAAUGAGCUCUUCUCAAAAGCUGACAGCAAGGGUGUUGUGGUGAGGAAAUGUUCAGUAACCGUUCAGGAAAUCCAGUCUCACCUGGAGCAGGGCCACGUGGCCAUAGUGCUGGUCAACGCUGUCAUCUUGACAUGCGAGCUGUGCUCCUCGCCUGUCAAAUACUGUUGCUUCCUACCUGUGGGUCAGAAGUGUUUCUGCAGGAAACCAGAAUACCAGGGUCACUUUGUGGUCGUGUGUGGCUUCAACAGGACCACAGGCUGUAUUUUCUACAACAACCCUGCCUAUUCUGACAGGGUGUGCUGCACCAGUGUCAGUAACUUUGAGGAGGCUCGGCGGAGCUAUGGGACAGAUGAGGACAUCCUGUUUGUCUUUAAGGAGAGUUGAUGGACUGCAAUGAUGGAUUUAGAUUUUGACUCUUUACCUGUGCUCAUUAUAAGACUGACAUCAUGCUGCUGCAGGUCUCCAGGUCUGGACUCUAGUGUGCUGCCUUUCUCUGGUGCUCUCAAGAACAACACCUGUACAGCCAACCCUACUUGACCUGUGUCACAAAUGAACAGCUGGGACCUUCACAAUCAACA